AUGGGCAACAAAUUGAGCUGUUCGUGUGCGCCUCUGAUGCGCAAGGCUUAUCGCUAUGAGGAUUCACCCUGGCAGAGCUCUCGUCGUCGCGAUGGUCAUCUCUUAAGUUCGUUCAGGUUGUGGGCUGAGGUCUUUCACGUAUCGGCAAGCGGCGCCGGCACCGUCAAGUGGCAACAAGUGUCUGAAGAUUUGGUUCCUGUUAACAUUACCUGCAUUCAGGACUCGCCCGAGUGCAUCUUUCACAUCACCGCGUACAACAGCCAGGUGGACAAGAUACUCGACGUGCGACUUGUGCAGCCAGGCACACGCAUUGGCCAGGCAUCAGAAUGCUUUGUUUACUGGAAGGAUCCAAUGACUAACGAUACUUGGGGCCUCAACUUCACAUCGCCCAUCGAUGCCAAGCAGUUUCGGGAAUGCUGUUCGCCUUCUUUCAAAUUUUCACGAAAGGCCUCGUCGAGCUACUCCCUGAAACUGGAUCCGCCGGGCAAGGGCAAGGUGAAGGCCAAGCGAAAGCCUCUCAGCACUCCGGCGUCGCCGUCGCGCGUGCGCCAAGAGCCCCAAUGCACCUGCAUGUCCGCCGAGCAGUAUGCGCGCUUGAGAACCGAUCCACGUGUUAGAGGUUCAUCCACAUUGCCGCGUAAUGUCGGCUCCCACAGAAUCACCGAUGUCGAUGGCCAGCAGCAGGGCAAAGUUGUAAGCGCCGUGAGCAGCACCUCGCUCUAUGAUAAUGUGGCUAGCGGUGGGCCGGGCGUGGUCCAAGGAGGCGAUACCCUACAACGUCAGCUUAAAGGGCAAGAUGGCUCGAUGGUGGCCAAUGCGGGCGUCAAUACCAACACACCGGGCGUCAUUGUCACCGGCGUGGGCAGCGGCUCGGACAUGUGCACGCAGAAUCAUGUGGGCUCCCAGGUGGGCCCAGACGAUGCCGGCGCCUGCCAAAUGGAUAUGGAUCUGUCGAAGAGCGAGGGCACCCAGGUUGGCGGCGGACUGCACCAGAGCGUGGGCACCUCCACCAAGUCAACCGGCACACGCACCAAGGAUUUCAACGAUGAUAUGACACGCGACGCGCACUCGCACGAUAUGCACCACCAGCACAACGUAAUCAACAACAACACACGACGCAAGACCAAGAGCACCGAGGACAUGAACGUCGACACGAGCACACUAAAGCGCAUGCUAAAGCCGAUGCCCAGCACUGAGAGCCCCGUCACGUCGCCGGAGAUGGGGCGACGCCGCUACAACUACUACAAUGCCAAUGGCGCACAAACGCUGGGGCCGCAGCACAUGCAUCAGCACGGCAUUGGCAUGGGCAUGGGCAUGGGCGUGGGCGUCGGUGGGGGUGCCGGCGGUGGCGGUGGCGGUGCUGGCGGCGGCCAUCACGUCAUGAACAACAAUACCUUGGGCCGCAACAGCGGCAGUCAGUCGUCGCGCUUCUCCGGCUCGAGAUCUUCGCAUGAAAUCGGUCGUGGUUAUCCGCAACGCAAUCUGUACUUGGAAUUGGAGCGAGAGCGCGAGCGCAGCUGCAUCGAGGGCUCGCCGCCAUCGGAUAACGUGAUGUUCGACAACCAGUGCUAUGCGACCACGCCCAGCUCCAGCAAUGGCAACUCCGAUCAGGAUCAGUCGUAUGGGCAGCAGCAGCAGCCCCAGCAGCCGCAUCCACAGCAGCAGUCGCAUCAGCCGCAUCCGCCGCACCCACAGCAGCGGGCAUCCAGGCAUCAGCACCAUCAGCAUCAGCAGGCGCCGAAUGUGACGCCCACACCGGGCAGCCCCACCUCGCGGCUGCUCAUGGAGUACGAGAUGCACUUGCGUAAUACGCUGGCCAAGGGCAUGGACGCCGAGUCCUAUAGCCUGCAUACGUUCGAGGCUCUGCUCUCCCAGAGCAUGGAGAAUCUGGAAUUCGCUGAAAGCCUACCAGGAUCAACACAGCGCAGCCCAUAUCCACUACGUAGGCCCAAUGCAAAAUCUUCGACCUUGCCGCUGCCGCCGCAUCGCCCCCUAUCCACCAUACGGGAUAAGGAACGCGAUCGUGACCGGGAUGGCUAUUACAGCGAUCGUAACGAAUUGAUUCGUGAGCGUGAGCGGGAAAGGGAUCGCGGCUAUCUGUCCGAUCACAAUGCUAGUUUCUCGAACUCUCGCUGUGCCAGCUGCAUUGGGGAAUCGGCACGUGCUCAGUGGUUCCGUCACUCGGAUGGCUGGCGUUCGGGCAGCUCGACCAUUGGUUCCGGUUCCGGCCACGGCAUGAUGGCCCAGCAAAUGGCCGGCUCUGGUCACAAGCGUUCGCCCUGGGACUCGCUGCCGUCGCUGCGCCAAGACAGCAGCCUCAACGAUUCCGGUUAUAAGAGUGCACGCGCUGACUCCUUGGAGCAACGUGCUGAAUUUAUACGUCAGGAUAGUUUGCGAUCAGAGUAUUUGAGCGAUCGCGAAUCACGCUAUGGAAUUGUACAACAGGCCUCUAUAGAGAGCACCGAUUCGCGCAUGUGUUAUCUCACAUCGUCAGAGAUCUCGGACGAUGAUCGAAUGAGCCUAACUACUGCCGUUUCGGAUGAAGAUGAUGGCGAAAGUGUCAUGGCGUCACCAUAUAAAGCAAAGGCCACUGGCACCGCUGCAUCCUCCUUCAACUGCACGGGCGCUGUGCGUAAAGCCGGCUUUCUAUCGGUAAAGAAAUGGCUGCUACGUAAGAAGCAUCAAAUCGAGCUGGCUCGCAAGCGUGGCUGGAAGGGCUACUGGGUGUGCCUGAAGGGCACCACGCUCCUCUUCUAUCCGUGCGAUUCGCGCGAGGGCCGCAGCGUCGAGGCGGCGCCCAAGCAUUUAAUUAUUGUGGACGGCGCGAUUAUGCAGCCAAUACCGGAGCAUCCGAAGCGCGAUUAUAUAUUCUGUCUGAGCACCGCAUUCGGCGAUGCCUAUCUGUUCCAGGCGCCCUGUCAGGUGGAGCUGGAGAAUUGGGUAAAUAGCAUACACAGCGCCUGUGCCGCUGCAUUUGCGCGUCAUCGCGGCAAAACGGGAACACUGCAUCUGCUGCAGGAGGAGAUCUUUCGCCUGGAGAAGGCCAUUGAAUCGGAUCACAAGCUGAAGCACAUGGCUGAGCUGCAGCAAUCAGUUGUCACCGAUCAGGAGACACGCCAUCAAAUACAGGCACAGAUUUUGCAAUGGGAGGAAAACCUUGAACGUCUGCACUGCGAACAGUUCCGACUACGCUGCUAUAUGGCCUCGCUCCAGAGCGGUGAGCUGCCCAAUCCAAAGUCACUGCUCACCCACGUCUCGCGCCCCACAAAGAAUACUCUGAAUAAGCUGGGCGUCUUUACGGUCUCCUCGUUCCACGCCUUCAUCUGUGCCAGGUCGCCGUCGUUGCUCAAUAAUCUGCUGGCCGGACGUGGCGCCACCAAGCGACGGCCGCCGAUGCUGUCUCGCUCGAACAGCGGCUCCAGUCGCCGCUCCAUGCAGAUGAAUUCACGUGACGAGCCGGAAAAAACCUUCAAAGUUGCAAUGCCCGACAAUGCUUACUCGACAGUUUAUCUACGUGACGCGAUGUCUGUGGAGGAAUUCCUUGCCAGCGCCUGCGCCCGUCGCAACCUCAAUCCCAUGGAGCACUUUGUGCGCGUCAAGAAGCGACGUGACAUGGAGGAUCACAAUUACUUUGUGCCACAUCGCAAUGAUCUGAUUGAAAAUUAUCUACAUAAUCACGAAUUUGUGGAGGUGUGCAUGAAAAUACUGUACCAGGUGGAGCUGCAGCGCACCACAUUGGAGCAAAUGUGGGGCUUCUCCGUCGAGGCGGAGCUGAUUGAGAACGCGGAGCGGCAGGAUGAGCUCUGUUGCUAUGUGAGCCGCGUCGAGGACAAAAGCGUGGCCAUGCACAAUGGCAUUAUCAAGGGAGACGAAAUAAUGGUCAUCAAUGGCGCAAUUGUUUCCGAUCUAGAUAUGAUGUACUUGGAGAGCGUGCUGCAGGAGGAGCAAUCGCUCAGCAUGAUGAUGCGCUCCUCGCGCACCGAACCGCCAGAUCUAGUGGGCAUAAUGCGUGUAACGGACGAUAUGAUUGACUCUCUGGUGUGCCCGCCGCCACCCUCAGAUCCGCCAGUGAUGAGCGAAGAGAUGAUAACUGGACUGAUUGUGCCAGCUCCCGGUUGGAAUGGCACUGGCAAGGAUUUGUACUCACCGGAGGCGGAAAGCUCGCCGGCGCCCUCAUUUGUGGAGCCAACUGUGGCGCAAUUGGCAGCCGGCGCUGGCGCUGGCGUUGGCGGCGGCGGCAUCAUUUCAGGACUGGGCGUGGCCAAGCCAACAUCGCGCACCAGCAGCUUUGAAAUUGAGAAUCUGCUCAAGACUGCGGAGCAAGAAACGCGCAAAUCGAGCCCCACGGGUUCAGUCACAUCGUCGGUCUCGACCACAGCUUUAACGCUAUCGCGCCAGCUGACCGAUGCCGAGAAGCUGCGCAAAGUCAUCAUGGAGCUGGUGGACACGGAGCGCACCUACGUCAAGCACUUGAACAAUCUGCUGGAGCAUUAUCUGGAGCCCAUGAAACGCGAAACGUUUCUAUCGAAUGCGGAAAUUAAUGCGCUCUUCGGCAACAUACACGAGAUUGUUACAUUCCAGCGUCAGUUUCUCCAGAAUCUCGAAGAGGCGCUCGAACUUGAGCCGGAAUUCAAUAAAUUCGAGCAUUGCGGCCAGUUCAGGAACGUCUUAUUUGCGAUUGGCUCGGCUUUUCUCUAUUAUGUCAAUCACUUCAAGCUGUACUCCUCGUUCUGCGCCAGCCACAGCAAGGCCCAAAAGGUUCUACAUCCAAAUGAGGGCAACCAUGCGCUGCAGGAGUUCCUUGCCGCACGCAAUCCCAAGCAGCAGCACAGCAGCACUCUGGAAUCGUAUCUGAUCAAGCCCAUCCAACGCAUCCUCAAGUAUCCGCUGCUGCUGCAGCAGAUGCGCAAUCUGACAGAUACGCGGGCCGACGAGCACGUCCACCUGUGUGAGGCACUCAAGGGCAUGGAGAAGGUAGCGGAGCACAUCAAUGAGAUGCAGCGCAUUCAUGAGGAAUAUGGCGCCAUUUUCGAUCAUCUGUUCCGGCAGCAUCAGAAGUCGUGCAAGCAGCCCAUCGAUUUGAGUCCAGGCGAUUUGCUCUACUACGGCGGCGUCGAGUGGCUAAACAUUUCCGACUUUCUGGGCAAGAUCAAGAAGGGCCUCGAGCUGCAUGCCAUGUGCUUUGUAUUCAAGUCGGCGGUUGUGUUCCUCUGCAAGGAGCGCUUGCGCCAGAAGAAGAAGCUAAUGGGCGUCUCGAGCAAGAAUGCACCAAAUGAGGUGGAAAUCAUACGGUAUCAGGUGCUAAUACCCGUCACCGAGGUGCAGGUGCGCGCCAGCUCGGCCAAGGACAUGGACUCGCACUUCCUCUGGGAGCUAAUACACCUGCGCUCGCAGCUGCAGCGCCGCUCGGAGAAGGUCUACGUGCUGUCCAAUAGCACCGCCGAUUUUCGCAAUGCAUUCCUCAAGACCAUCAGGCAGAUAAUCCGCGAGAGCGUGCGCAACAUGUCAAUUCCCAUGAAGAACUUUGGCGGCAGCUCCGGCUCCGUCUCGGGCAUGUCCUCCCAAAUGGGCGGCUAUGCGGGCAACUCGCAGACGCUGGAGCGACCCAAGCAGCAGAUCACCAUCGUUCAUGGCUCGCAUACGCUGGGCAAGCCGAAGAAGAAGUCCGGCUCGCAGCGCCACUCGGCGGGCAAUAUUGACUACGACAAUCUGUCGGGCAGCCAGGAGGGCGACGAUCUACCGCCGAGCGUGGGCGGCAUGGUGCACUAUGUACCCCAAUCCCAGCAGCAGCAGCAACAGCAACAGCAGCAGCAGCAGCUGCAGCAGCUACAGCAACAGCCGCUGCCACAGCCGGGCGGCUUUCGCAGUCGCAGCAAGACGCUGGGCGAUGUGACAGAAAUCAUUUGCUCGCCCACAGAUUCGCAGCAGCCACAGCAGCAGCAGCAGCAGCUGCAGCAGCAGCAGCAACAGUCAAUGGCGCCGCAUCCACAUCCACAUCCGCGCGAGCCACCGCCGCCACCCAUCAGGCAGCCGCAUUUACAUCAUCACAGCAGCGACAUUGAGCGCAUCGAUCCGGGCACCAAGUCGGAGGGCGAGGAGGACUCACAGCAGGGCACAAUCAGGCCCAAGGCUACGCUGGGCCGCACGCCCAAUCACCUGACGCUCAGCACCACAUCGACGCUCUCGGUGGGCAGCACUGGCAGCCAGGCGCGCCUGAUACAAUCAUCGCAUCCGCCGGCCAGCUAUCAGCCGGUGCUAAUGAAGGAUCUAGGUAAGAGCAGCCUAGAUGUAGUUGCCAGCGAGUCCGAGCACGAGUCGGAGUCCGAGGCGCAUGCGGUGCACGUGGCAGCCACGUUUAAUCUAAGUCUAGGCAGUAGUGGUAGCUUGUUCGCAGCAACAACAACAACAACAACAACAAUCUGUAGCGACACUGAACCAAAUCAGACCCCGACCACCUCGACACCGACCACGACACCGACUCCCACUCUGACCCCCCACACGACCCAGACCCAAGCACAGAGCCAGAGCCAGAGCCAGAGCCAGACCCCAAGACAUUUGUCGCCGCGCCAGUCGCCUCGCCAGUCGCCCAAGCAGGAGAUCGAGGUCAUUGAGAUCUUCGAGAGCGAAGCGGAGCGCCUGGCCGCCUCCCAGCAGGUGGCCGUAGUGCAUCAGCAUCCGCGCGGCGGCGAGGCGCAACACAAGCGACGCGAACGCGAUGCCAGCAAUGGCUCAGGUGCCAGCGGCCAUGCGAGCGAAACGGAUGCCACCACUCGAUUCAUGGACAAGCAUCUGUGUGAGCUGGAGCAGGAGGAUUUGGCGGCGGGCAUAUGCGACAUUGCCACCUACAUGGCCAAUCUGCGCGAGAAGGCCUUCGAGCCGACCGACGCCGGCGACGAGGCAGCCGAUCAGCAGCAGAACGACUCCAGUCUCUCGCCCGAGCCCCAGACCAUUGUGGAGAACACUCAGCAGAUCGUGACCGUGGACAUUGAGUCGCCCUCGCGGCCAGCCACCGAAUCGGACAGCACUGGCGGCAAUACAACUGGGCCCUCGGAGCGCUCCGGCGAUGAUACCGAGGACGAGCCGACCAGCUCGCUGGCCUCGCACAUCGUCGUCAUCGACAAGAAGGUGGAUAAAAUUUUCAAGGCCAAGUCGCCAGAGAGAGCGAGCGCUGCGACGGGCAGCAAGCCGAAGAGCGGCAAGCGUCAGAGCAUAUACAUCUCACCAGAUCGGAGCAAGUCGCAGGGCAGCUCCCCGGUGCGCAUCAUAAAGAUCAAAUCGCCGCGGACUAGCGUCAGCGAGCAGGGCAAACGGCUGAGCAUCUGCUCCAGUCGCGAGAAUUCGCAAGAUCGCCUCUCCGGCGGACGACGCACGCCCAGUCCACGGCGCAGCUCCGAGGGCGGCGGCAUCCUGAAGCACACAAGUCCCGGCGGGGGCAUCCUGAAGCCGCCAGCCAGCCCGGCCAAGUCGAAGAGUCCCGAUCGCAGCUGCCUGAAGAAGAGCGGUCCCUCGCACGUCUGCAGCUCGGAGCCGGGGACGGCAUCGUUGUCGCCCCGCAUCUCGCCGCGUGGCAGCGUAGACCACCUGUCGCCCGAUCGGGCCAGCAUCUGCCAGCGCCAUUCGCCGCGCAGCAGCUUCGAUAGCCACGGCGGCUCCGACCACAAUCUGGAUGUGCCCUACGGCGGCGGUGGCUCACGCAAGCGCAGCAUGUCUGCCCACGGCAGCUUCGAGACGGGCACCAAGCCGCACGCCCAGGAGACAUAUCAGUACUAUCCGGUCUAUGACAAUCAGACGUGCAGCGAUCAUUAUGUGGCCGCCGCGCCCACUAGCAGCCGCUACGGCUCGGGCAACGGGCGCAGCCGGCUGAGCAAGUCGCUGGAGCGCUCCACCUCGCGUGACAGCACCACCACAAGCAGCUCGUAUCGCGCCUACGGCGUCUCGCCCGAACGCAACUAUGUCGUCUACAGCUCCGGGCCACUGCGCUCCCAGUCCGCCGAGAACACCUUCUCGCAACCCAUUUACGACGCGCUGCCCAGGCAGCCGCCACAGCAGUACAUGCCCAUGGUUAACUACAUGCAGGAAAUGGAGAUGGCCGGCUAUGGCCAGCCGCCGCCGAUGCCCAUGCCCAUGGCCGGCUGUCAGCAUGAUCCCGCCCAGCAGUCGGUCUACCAGCUCAGCUCCUCGGCGCCCGAGUACACCACAUGCAUUGACUGUCUGUACCAGAAGCGACCCUCCUAGCAUAAGUCCCGCGUGCGGCAGAGUCGCACGCGGAAGAAGACGCCACGCGGACUGAGCGGCAUGCCCGGAAUGCCAGGAAUGCCCGGCAUGGUGGUUAGCACACAGCCGACGGCCAGCGGUGGCAUUGGCUACAUGCCGGACAUGGGCGGUGACCCGGCGGGCGGCUGUGUCGACUGCCACGACUACUUCGAGAUCCAUGUCUAAGGGCAGGCGACGGGAUACAAAUCGAGUGAGGAUGAGAUACAUAAACAGGGAUUUUAUGAGACCGUUGAACUCAAGCUUAAAUUUACGAGUAGUUAAAACAAAACUCAUUACAAAAGCGCAACCAAAGAUAACAUAAAUAACAGCAACAACAACAACAACAACAGCAACCCAGAAUGCCUCAAAAAUUAUACAACCAAAACUAAAUAAACAAUAAACAAAAACAAACAAAAAACCGCUCAGCUCUACAACAAAAAAUACUAACAUAUACGUAAGCUGCAAUGCAAACUAUAUAUAUACUAUAUAUAAAUAUACAAAUAUGGAGAAAAUAAUAAUCAAAACUUGAACACAAGGGAUUGAAAAAUAAACACACACACACACUCGCACACACACAACAGCACAGUUAAGAGUCAUGUUUAAGUGUUAGGUUUAAGUCAGCAAAAGCUAUUGGUUUAGCGCUUAGGAAAACCAAAAAAAAACAACAACUACAACUACAAGUUUACAGCACAACUUAAACACAGACAGACAUACAUAUAUAUGGGUGUAUGUGUGUGUGUGGCACAUCAGGUUAAUUAUUUCCCAUUUACACAGAGAGAAUGAGAGAAUAUGCAAAUGUUCUGUGUAAUUUGUAAGGUUAUGAUUUAUAUUAAAAAGAAAAAAAUAGAAGAAGAAAUAGAAAAAGUUCGAGAAGAAGCGGAUGUGCUGCUGCUGCAUUACGUAUACGCACAUGGCGCAUACGCCGCGUUGCACACAAUGCUCAAGUGGCGUAAUUACGACUAAAAACUAUAAAGUUGAAAUUCAUACUCGCACUCAAGUAAACUAAGAGACAUGCAAGCGCAACUUACUAACAAACACGCACACACACACACACACAGACACAUACAUUACACAUAUAUACUUACAUAUAGGAUAAAAGUUGUAGGUAAUGUCAGUCAUUUCAACUAUUAGCUGGGCAAACUGUGUCACUGGCAUUUCCGGGAACGUAAGGAAAACUUUUUAAUUACCACGGAGAAAUGAUUGCAAGGCAAGGAGACGUAGGUGGAUUAGGCGCAGGAUUAGCAGGAGUAGGCAGUCACACAGACAGACAGGCACAAAAAUAUUUGUGCGUAUUUUAGCUAAAGACUAAGUGAAAAAUGCGGGUUGGCAACAUUCUAUAGGUUAACAUUAUACAUGGAUACUACUUAAAGCAAACAAUAAAUAUGCAAAUAUAAAUCAAUAUUUACCGUAGCUAGUUAGAACAAACGAAAAAGAAAUCAAAACCGAAUUGUCAAAAAAUAUAUAUAUAUGUGUGGGUGUUGUGACAAAUAAUUUUGCAUGAAACAUUUCAUUACAAUAAAUUGCAAAUGCAAAUCACUUACAUUUUUUCAUAGGCAAAUUUAACAGGUAAACAAUUAAUGCAAAUGCAAAUAAAUCGUAUUGAAGAAUGAUAAUCGUAAGUCGUACCUCAAUGUUUAUGUAUUAAAAUAAAAACCAAAAUCAAAAACAAUUUAAAAAUGCAAAUGCAAUUAUAUCUAGACCUAAAUGAGGCUAUAGAUAUAAAUAUACACUAGCAAUCAGGGCUGGCAGGCGGGCAGGCAGACAGGCGGGCGGGCAACUGAUCAUAUGACCCAAAAGAUCUUCCAAACAGUCCAUAUACCAAAUAAAUUCCCAAACUCUCAAAAUAUUCAACUCUUGCCUCGCUCGCAUAAAUAAACAAAACAUAACAUACAUUAAAUAAAUAUUUAGCUUAGGUUUGGGUGUCUAAUAACUGCAGGCAAACAAAACAAAAAAUAGAUAUAUGCAUAUAUAGUACUAUAUACAUAGAGAGACCCAAAACGGACUUAAAGAUCAAAUGUCAGGUUGUUCAAGCUAUACUCAAAAAUAGUCAACAAAAGUAAAUAAAUAACGAAUGAAUAGAAAUAAAUUCCUUAGUAUCUACAAAUGUUUACAGUUUACACUGGGCUUCACAGCAGUAAAAUCAAAAAACCUAAAAAUCAAAAUAUAUACGAAAUACAAUUUAUAAGACAACAUACAUAUACUACUAAC